AAGCCACAACCAUACUAUCAACCAGUUUUCCUACUACACAGACACUGCCAGCCAUAUUAUAGCACAAAAUAAAACAUUUUACGUGUUUUUUUUGUAUAAUUGAAACGAAGAAAUAGAUCUCAAAAGCUUUGCUGGUCUUAUUUUCCUCUACGUUUAUUGUCAUCGACCAAAAUGCCUAUUUUAUUGCAUUUUGGGAAAACGCAGUGGGCGUCCGCUUUGAAAUUAUCCUGUGUUGCAUUGAUGGUGUUUCUGGCAUGUCCAGUGAAUUCCAUGGAUGUGCUGGUGCCACCACAGAUCCUCGCUCUCAAUGGGACAGAUGUCAGAAUCCCCUGUGCGUUCACUUCAUGCUACAAGCUGGACCCCAGCAAGUUUGCCAUGAACUGGACCUAUCAAGAUACAAGCAACAGCACAGAAGAAAUGUUCAUGACCUAUAAGAACAAAAUAACACCCUUGAAGUCGAGCCGAUUUGGAGAUCGAGUCACAUUUUCUGGAAACCUGGAUAAGAAUGACCUGAGCAUCACUAUCUUAGAUGUGCAGUUGACAGACGAGGGCAUCUACAACUGCUAUGUGCGCAACCCUCCAGACCGCAUUCAGGGCCACGGCGCCAUUCAGGUCCUUGUCCUGACUGAAUUGCCGCCACCAAGAGAUUCGACCAUUGCUGUUGCCAUCGGGGCAUCUGUGGGAGGAAUUCUAGCUUUGCUCAUUCUGUCCAUGGUAGUGGUGAAGUGUAUUCGCAGACAUAAGAACCAGGAGCUGAUCUCAGAUGAGCAGAAGAUGGAGGAAGAGGGCAAAGCAGAUGGAGAAGGAGGCACAGAAGAAGCAACAAAACAGCCCUAACCCGCAAUCUUAGCCCUGGAGGCCUAACUGAUGGUGGAGCUCCAUCCUACACAUUCUGAAAUGUAAGCCUGCCUGAAGAUAUGUAAAACUUCUUUGACUCUUCAUCCUAUAACUGUCUCAUUCAACAUUCCUCGGUUUCUCGUGUAGCAGUCAAACAUAUCAUAAAGGAAGAUCUCCACCACAGUGCCAUGGUGUCCAGUUACCAGUGAGAAAUUAUCCCACAAAGGGUUUCAAACUGCUUCUUCCACUCAAUACAACAGGUUAAGGUGAUAACUUCCUUCAGAACUCUUCGUUUAGACCACCCUUUUUUCAAAGUCAAGUAAUGUCUUUUUUUUUUCUUCAACUACUGUGGCUAUUAGCACUAUUAAUAUCAGCCAUCCAGUAUUUCUGAUGAAAAUUUUCUAACAAGAUGAAUUUAAAAUUAUACAAGGUCUUCUUACAACUGCCAAAGUGUUUUUACCCUUAUGGUGUUUAUACGUUUUAAGAGUUUCUUGAGAAAUCACUGCCCUCAACAACCUCUCAAGUGGAUGUAGAAACAUAAUGUGUGUGUUUGUGUGUGCCUUCUCAUUGUGCCAGUUUGCGCCUGUUGAGUCUAAAAGUGUAUCCUGUUUUUACAGCAGACUAUUAGGCAGGACCGUGACUAUACAUCAGUGUUCAAAAUCUAUAAUUUGCUAGUUUACAGCACAUAGCACACCUCCAAAACAUGUACAAUCAUUGCAUGACAAUUUUCUUAUGCAUGAUACACAUAAUUUGCACAAAACAAAUAAUUAAUUUGCACAAGCAUCUGGCACAUUUCACAAAUAGGGUAUAUUUUGCUGUUCCAUUACAUUUUUUAAAAGCCUUAGAGGCAUUAAUCCUAUGUUGUCUUUGUUGUGACCUAUUUGAUAUUGCAUAUUUGUUAUCUAACAUGAAACUAACUUAGCAUGAAAGUGACUUUUUUUUUGUCGGUUUGUUAAUGGUGAUUUUGACUUCCACCUGAGAGGACUUAGUCUUCAUGACUAUCUAACAAUUAAAAUCACAGAAGAGCAUCAUCAUUUUAAAAGAUGAAAAGUAAAAGUGAGUGAAUUCUUAAUUUCUUUAUUAACCUUAUUAAAACUUAUUUCCCCCAUUACCAAAUAAGUAAAUAAAUAAACAAACAAACACAUAAAAAAUUGUGAGGCCCAAAAAAUAAGCUAGUUUGGAUGUAAAUAAUCUCUAUUUUCUCAAUUAUGAAUAGACAAAAUAUCAAACAAAUAUCAUACUGAGUGACAGCUUAAUUUAUGCUGAAUUUGCACUAAUUUGCAACCCUGAAGAAAAAAAUGGAGUUUCAGCUAUUUUGUACCCUAUUUAUGGAGAAUGCCAUUUCCAAAACAUUGCUUUCACACAUAAACAUCAUAAUUUCAGGUGCAAUGAUUAUGUGGCAAGUUAGACAUGGUCUAUAUAUAGAUAAAAGCCAAAAAACAACUGAUACAGAAAUGUGAUUGUUAAUAUUAUAGAUUGUGUUUGACAUGUAUGUUGUGGUGUGUUAUUGGGAAUGUGUGAACUUUGAUUAUGAGGUCAAUCACUCUUUUUCCAUCAUAUAAUAUGUUCUGAAAGAGGCUAAAGUGGUUUUAAAUUGAGUAACAAGCAAAUGAAAGAUACUGGAUUAAUGAAUGUGCAUUUAAUGGAAAGAUUAAAAAGUAAUCAAUUCUGUAUGACAUACAAAUUAUGUAUACAGAGGAAAUAAGAAACUUUGAUUUCAAGUAAUUGGAAAAAAAAGAACGAAAACAAGCUUUUUUUUUUCAUGUGAUGGGAAUCCAUUUUGAUAGUGAAACACAGUGAUUGUGAACUUUCAGUAAUAGACUGCAAACUAUGUAGUAGAUUAUGUAGGGAAGGGGCAAGUCCCCUACACAACAUCUGCUAAAUCGAACAAUUUCAAAGAAUAGCAUCAAUAUUUGUACAGCAUAUUUUGUGUUAUUGUCAGGAAACGUGAGUAUUAAAUAGUUCUAAAUAGUUAGAUUAAAAAAUAAAUAUAUCAAAAUAUAUAUUAUAUGUAUAUUGUAAUCUUGAAUGAUGUCGAAAAAUAGCAGUAUAUGUCUAAUUUAAACAUUCUGUAUAUUUAAAUUAAAGCAAGACAAUAUCAUAGAGAUGUAAGCUCAUAUACAAAUGGUUCUUCUAAGUUCUGGCAUAAAACCUUAUAAAAAUCUGUUGUAAAAAAACAGCAUAUGCUGGUUAGGUAUGUUUUGACGCUGGGAUGCUGGUUUAUGCUGGUC